AUGAUAGGGCAAUUGAGUUUGGUGGCAGUGCUUUGGAGAUGUGCUGAAGCAACAGAUACGGGAAGUUCGUUGUAUUCAGUCCUCCCAUCGAACUCUCCUCUUUUUGAUCAAGGGUUUAUGGGAUCUAUACCUCAAGUGCAGGCUAUCAGUGUACCUACAAGCAAGCCUGGGCAACUUCUGUCAUUCACGCCCGAAGGAUCCGGAAAUGGUCAACAGGUGGCUAUGACACCUAUGGCUCUCCAACCACCAGGGAACGCUCAAUAUGCAAAUGUAUGUGAUAUGUCUGAGAAAAAAGAGCAGCUCAAGAAGUGUUUGGCUGAUCAACUCAAUAAGUUCAAAAACAUAUUAGAGAAUUGUAGGAAGACUUUGGGUGAGAAUGCUAAGGAGUGUUGUAUUGAUCAGAAAUGUCUUGACCUUCUAAACGGAGGAAACACUUCUUGUAAUGAGGAGGACAAUGGAAAAGAUUGUAAAGAUAAGAAUUGCCGGGAUAAGAUUGCAGAUGAAAUUGUCAAGAAUCUCAACUUAGACCAGCUGAAGAAAUCCUUGCUAGACUCUCUCAAGGGAAGCUUAAAAAAAAUAGGAAACAAGCUUGGGAGCUUGACCUCAUGUAGUAGAGGAGAAGGAAACUGUGACGAAGAAAACAACAUCAUGUCUCCUCUUGGGCCUGGGAAGGGUGUACCACCAGGCGUGUUGAUAUAUCCCAUAGAACAGAGCAAGUAUGAAGCAAUAACAAAUAUUCUGGACCGCCAACAGAAGUUUCCUCAGCAAAGAGACAUAGAGCAGCCGGAUAUACAAGGGAAUCCGAACAGGUCCUAUGACAGGGGACCUCGAGAAGGGUGGGGUAGGGAGUAUCCACCAAGAAGGGAAUCUCGAGAAGGUAGGAGAAAAAGGCCUAGAGGAACCAAAAGAGAUUCUGAUGACUGGGAAAGGGAAGAGGACACCCAAGAUGAAUGGAAGUCCGACCAAAAUAUCCAAAGCUCUAGACCAUAUUCCCCCAGGAAGCCAGAGAUGCCGUGCACAAAAGAGAUGUGUGUAGACAUGGAUAGAUAUGAUUCUCCAAGCAUGAAGGAAGAAUGCAUCAAGUACUGCAAAGAUUACAGGAGAAAGGACACCAAGAAGAGCAAAGAUGAAGAGAAGGAGGAGUUUAGCGAAUUGACGAGCGAUUCGUGCUAUGACGAAAAGAAGUGA